UUUGCAUUCUCUCAUCUGUUUGCAAAGCUCACUUUUACUGGUCUCUCUCUCUCUCUUUCUCUCUCUCUCUCUCUCCUGUGAGGCUGUCCUGUGGAUUAUAGGCACUUCGGCAGUCCCCUGUCUCUCUUCGGGAGCAGAGAGAUAAGGACGCAUGCAGUAUUCAGCAAUCUACGGUCAAGAUUCCCUGAAAUAUCUAUCGUUACGCGAAAUUGGCCGUCCGAUCACUAAUUUACUUGACUAUGGUUGGACAUGAUGGUCGAAUCCUUAACUACGGUUACUUCACUGAUAUGCUUCAGCCUUCUGUUCAGUGAGAGUUUUUAGCCUUCAACACAAGCCGGACUAAGUAGUAGGAAUAGAUGGAGAAUGAGCCAAUGAGGGCUGGCACAUCCUAACUGCGACACCGAGACAGAAAGAAAGAAGGGAAAGAGACGGAGAGUAAGGUUCCUUCCCUUUCUUUAUUUUGUAAUAUAUAUUUUACCCUGAUUUCAAUGAUCGAUUUCUGUCGCUUUUACUUAUUUGUGGAAAUCCCCUCCUGGACUUCGAUCCAAGCUGUUUAGAGGGUUUUCCAUCGCUCUAAUCACCAGUUUUUGAUUCCUUGGUGAUAACUAGGGUCCAUUCUUCAUAGCUUUCUAAUGGAGAUUCGAGUUCUCUUUUUCAUUUUCCUUCUUGUUUUCUGAGGGAUUCUAGGUCUGAUGUAAGAGAGUAUUUCAUUUCUUUUAGUAUACUAUUUUCUUUUAAUAUUAGCCAUGGUUUUGGGGCUUCAGAUCUGAUUUUUCUGAUGGGCAUCUAGAGUUGUUAGGGCAAAUCUGGGCGGAGAUCUGGUUAGACUGCCCGAUUUUCUUCUUAAAACCUUUCUUUUUCCCCCUCUGUAUAUACAAGCAUGCCGACUUCAGGCGAUCAGGGUUUGGGUGGUUGAGUCUUGUUUCUUUCGCGCUGUUUUUGUGAAAGCUUUUUGUUAGAGCAAAUCUUCUCGCUAAAGCCUUUCCUUCCCGUAGAUUCUCUCGGAGCAGCUUCUUCUUUUCUAAUACAUUCCUUUUGGAAAAGAUGACAUAUUUUCCUGAGGAGGUGCUAGAGCAUGUUUUUGAUUUCCUUUCGUCCCACCGCGACCGGAAUGCGGUAUCCCAAGUCUGCAAGUCUUGGUUUAGGGUGGAGAGAUGGAGCAGACAUAGGGUUUUUAUUGGUAACUGUUAUGCCAUUAGCCCGGAGAGAGUAAUUGCGAGGUUUCCGAGGGUUAGGGCUCUUACGUUGAAAGGGAAGCCACAUUUUGCUGAUUUCAGUCUGGUUCCUCAUGAUUGGGGAGGCUUCGUGUACCCCUGGAUUGUGGCCAUGGCGAAGAGCUAUCCGGAUCUUGAGGAGCUCCGGUUGAAGAGGAUGGUGGUUUCGGAUGAGAGUCUGGAAUUGCUUUCCCGUUCCUUCCCGAAUUUCCAGUCUCUUGUUCUAGUAAGCUGUGAGGGGUUCAGCACGGACGGCCUGGCAUCCAUAGCUGCGAAUUGCAGGGUUCUUAGGGAGCUGGAUUUGCAAGAAAAUGAAGUUGAGGAUCGCAGGGGUCACUGGCUUGGUUGUUUUCCUGACAGCUGCACAUCACUUGUCUCUCUGAAUUUUGCAUGCCUGAAAGGAGAAGUGAAUUUGGGUGCUCUCGAGAGGCUCGUGGCUAGAUGUCCAAAUCUCAGGAGUUUGAGAUUAAACCGUGCGGUGCCACUUGAAGCACUCCACAAAAUUCUGACACGAGCACCUCAACUAGUGGACAUAGGCAUAGGUUCAUAUGUUCACGAAUCAAAUUCUGAGGCAUAUGUCAAAUUGUGUAAUGCUGUUCUCAACUGUAAAUCAGUCCAGAGUUUGUCUGGGUUUUUAGAGGUUGCUCCAUGCUGUCUUCCAGCUUUUUACCCUAUUUGCUUGAACCUGACCUCUUUGAACUUGAGCUAUGCACCAGGGAUCCAGGGUAAUGAACUCAUCAAUUUGAUUCGUCACUGCAGAAAACUACAGCGUCUAUGGAUAUUGGACUAUAUUGGGGACAAAGGGCUGGAAGUGGUAGCUUCCACCUGUAAAGAAUUACAGGAAUUAAGGGUAUUUCCAUAUGAUCCUUAUGGUGGAGGAAAUGCCACUGUAACAGAAGAAGGCCUGGUUGCAAUAUCAAUGGGCUGCCCCAAGCUUCAUUCGUUGCUGUACUUCUGUCGGCAGAUGACAAAUGCUGCCCUAAUAAAUGUUGCUAAAAACUGUCCCAAUUUUACUCGCUUCAGAUUGUGCAUCCUGGACCCAACAAAACCUGACCAUGUAACACUGCAGCCACUGGAUGAAGGCUUUGGGGCAAUCGUUCAGUCGUGCAAGGGCCUCAGACGGUUGUCUCUUUCUGGCCUGCUUACCGACCAGGUAUUUUUGUAUAUUGGUAUGUAUGCGGAACGGCUAGAAAUGCUUUCAAUUGCAUUUGCAGGGGAAAGCGACAAGGGAAUGCUCUAUGUGUUAAAUGGGUGCAAGAACCUGAGGAAGCUGGAGAUCAGGGAUAGCCCAUUUGGGGAUAUUGCACUACUGACGAACGUGGGGAAGUAUGAGACAAUGCGAUCCCUUUGGAUGUCGUCCUGUGAUGUUACUCUUGGAGGCUGCAAGGCCCUUGCCAAAAAAAUGCCUAGACUGAAUGUGGAAAUCAUAAAUGAAAAGGAUCAGAUGAUGGAGAAUUCUCAUGAUGAUGGAGAGAAGGUAGAAAAGAUGUUUGUGUACCGAACCUUAUGUGGACCCAGGAGAGAUGCACCUGAUUUUGUCUGGACUCUUUGACUGGAUUGGUUGGUUGGAUGUGGAAUUGAUUGCUGAGGCUGACUCUAAAAAUAUGUAUCUUGAUUUGAAAUGGUGGGCGUGGGCUAUUUUACAUCUUUAGUUGAUUUGAACUCUUUUCUAUUUCUAAAUCAGAAUUGGAAUGGUCCAUCUCUCUCAUCUAUUUGUU